CCGCCGUGAGGAGGUUGCCUGCCGCUACAUUUCGUUUUCUCCUCACCUCGUCUUUUAUUAACGAAAGUUGGCGAUUUUGCACCAUGGAAAACCAACAACGAAGAUAUAGCAGUUAAGCUUCGUGCUGUUAAGUUUAUUCAUCCCGUAGAUAAGGGAGAAUGUCGCGGAGCGUAUGUUAUGUAAUACUUCGGGAAGUCUGCAACAAAAGGAGCAGCUCCUAGAUUGAUAGAAAAAUGUUGAGGGUAGUUGUGAGAAGAACACAGCUCUAUUCUCUCCACUAUCUCCAUCUGCUACCUCACUGCCAACCUUCUGUCAAAUGGUUCAGGAGAUCGCUGGUUUCCACCACCACCACCACCACCACCCCUAUCCUGCCAGUAUUCAAACAAGCUGAGAGGUUCAAGGAUAAUAUCGCCCUCAGUGACCAACAUGGUGAACACACCUAUGAACAGAUUCAUAGGUUAAGUGGACAUCUGGCAUGGCUCAUCCAAAAUAUCCUUGGCGAGGACACAACACAGGAGCGUAUUGCCUUCCUCUGCCCCAAUGAUGUGUCGUACAUCAUUUCCCAGUGGGCCACCUGGAUGGCAGGCCAUAUUGCGGUGCCACUCUACCCCCGACACCCAGCUCCUGAGCUAGAGUAUUUUGUGAGAGACAGCAGGGCAGCUGUGAUCAUCACUACCUCAGAGUAUGCUCCUAAGGUGAAGCAGAUUCUCUCCGGCCAGCAGGUCAUUGUGCUGGAGGAAUUCUUCUUCAAACCAUCAACAGAAGAUGAAUCCACUCUACCAGCACAGUAUGGCAGGGAUCCCCACUUCUAUACCUUAAGUGAUGCCAUGAUCCUCUACACAAGUGGCACCACCGGACCUCCCAAAGGUGUGUUGCUGAGCCAUAGCAAUGUACAAUCUCAGGUAUCCUGCCUCCACCAGGCAUGGGGAUGGACACAGCGGGACACCUUGCUGCAUUGCCUGCCUCUCCACCACACCCAUGGCAUUGUUAAUGCUCUCCUCUGCCCCCUCUACCUUGGUGCCAGGGUAGUGAUGCUGCCAAGCUUCUCUCCUGCAGAAGUUUGGAGCCACCUGCUUGCAUUGAAUGCCCCGGUGGAGGCACGGGUCAGCCUCUUUAUGGCUGUACCCACCAUGUACGUCAAGCUGCUGGAGGAGUAUCAUGCUAGUCUUGCCAAGACCUCCCGCACCAAGGAGUAUGUGCGUUCAGUGUGCACCCAAAACGUCAGGCUGAUGAUCAGUGGGUCAGCUGCUCUGCCAGAGUCUGUGCUGACCAGUUGGCAGGAGGCCACUGGUCAUGUAUUGUUGGAACGCUAUGGUAUGACAGAGAUUGGUAUGGCUCUCUCCAACCCUCUCAAGGGCACUCGCCACCCAGGGUCUGUGGGUACCCCUCUGCCAGGUGUGGAGGUGCGUAUUGUGAAGUUUUUACCAGGCCAAGAGGACUACCAGUUGUUGUGUGAGGGCAGCAGCACUGGCACAAAGGUGGUGCCUGGAAGUGAGAAUGAGCCAGGUGAACUGUUAGUACGUGGCCCAAAUGUCUUCAAGGAGUACUGGUGCAGACCCCAUGCCACCAUGGAUGAGUUUACCCAUGAUGGAUGGUUCAAGACAGGAGACACAGCAAUAUACAAAGAAGGGUCUUAUAGAAUACUUGGACGAACGUCUGUGGACAUUAUCAAAAGUGGAGGCUUCAAGAUCUCUGCCCUUGAUGUGGAAAAGCAGUUAUUGACCCACCCAAACAUUAGUGAUGUGGCAGUGGUUGGUGUACCAGAUCUCACAUGGGGCCAGAAGGUGGCAGCUGUGAUAGUGUGGCAUGGAGAGGAACAGCUGGAUCCCAUGGCUCUGCGGGAAUGGGGGAAGGAGCGCAUGCCCCAUUACAAGGUGCCCUCUGAGGUGGUGCAGGUGAAGGACAGUCUUCCCCGCAACAAUAUGGGGAAAGUCAAUAAGAAGCAGCUGCUUCUUGACUUCUUCAAGGAUCCACAUAGUCCAUCUUAGUUUCAUGUUAUAUUAUCCUCCAGCCCCAUCUGGCUUCCUCCUCUCUCCUAUCAUCCCAGUUAUAUCAGUGAAUAAAUGAGUCAUGUGAUAAAGUAUGGAGAAGGGAAAGAAUGGGUUUUGUGCUCAGGCUGUGGCCUUACGUAUUUGUAGUUUUAAGUACACUCAUAUUUUUACUCUUUCAUCUUUUGCAGGGCAGAAUAUAGUACUUUUCUAGGUGCUCUCAAAUCAAGCAAUGUAAAGCUCAUUUUUAGUUUUAGCUGGCUGUAUUUUGAAUGAGACUGAUAUUAAAGAACUUUAUAAUUUAAAA